AUGUGGUCUCGAUUGGACAUUUUCUUCUUCGUUUUACUAGGUGUGGAGGCCGACUCAAGCAAGAAGUAUUUUCACCGCUGCCUACAACAACCGCUUCAAGUCGGUGACACCUUCACAGCUAGUGGAGUGCUCAAGUCGAAUGCCAAAACCUGGUCCUGCAGCCUGGAUGGCGCUUUGUUUGGCAAGAAUACAUUCGCCGAGUUGAGCCAUCGCCUAGAUGAUCCGGCAUACACCCAAUUUGCGUGGCGGCCAAAGAAGAAAGUGCAACCCUGUGAGGAUGGCUGGACACUUGGAAAUGGCACCGACAACUGCUACAAGUUUCUACCAAGCCCCAUUCAAUUCACAGAAGCCGCCUUUGGAUGUGAAGCACUCGGGGCAAAAAUGGCCACCAUUCAUAGCGCUGCAGAAAAUGCGUUUGUCAUUGGUAUGGGCUCGCCGGAAGUGUUUGGCGCUCGAUCCAACUUGCUAUGGUUGGGUUCCGCAAGGACAGAUCCAUCAAAAUAUGGCUUCGCCUGGGUCGACAAAUCGAAGAUGAACUAUGUGAAUUGGGACGAUCAAUACAUGGACAACACGGGCGGCAUCGAGUCUUGCCUGAUUAUGCACCCAAGUGGACGCUGGAAUGACGCAAGGUGCACGGAUCCCUUCCGGGCGAUUUGCCAAAAAGACAUGAACCGUAGUGCCAAGCUGGUAGACAAGAAUCCGUAUAAAGCCGGGAGUCGAUUCAAUAUGACGAUAACCGUUUCCGGGCCGAAUCAAGUUACUGUGGCCUACGGUAGCGGAGCGUCAUGGAGUGGAAAAACCUGGAAACAGGCCGGCCAACUUGCUAGCAUGACGGCUGUUAGAAAAUUUGAGUGCUACGGACAGCUCCAGAGCGUGGCGCUCACCGGUUCGAAUAUAGUCGGGAAUACGGCAACAAAUUACGAAGACGUCUGUCCUCUCUUUGGAAGCGAAAUCAACAAACAGUUUGGCAGAGAUGGAAAGGAUCAGAAAAACGGUUCAACUGACAAAGGACAAUGGUCUGGUGAUGGCGAACCUCCCCACAUCGUGGGCUGCCACUACCGCAACGGCACGAAGGUGAUGAUGGCCGAGGAGGAGAUGGUGUGCCGCGAGAUGCGCACCGGUCAGUGCAAGCCGAUCCUCGACUACUCGUUCAACUCGAUCAACGUGGAGUUCGACUUCCUGUGCCCGGAGAACGCGAAGGUGAUCAAGGACAGCACCUCGCUGCAGCUGCUCGGCAACCUGAUCGGCGCCCUCAUCUUCGGGCCCGUCUCGGAUCGGAUCAUCACGGUGUUCAUGUGCGAGACGUUGCCGGCGAAGCACCGCAUGUGGCUGAACUUCAUCCUCAACUGGUCCCCCAACAUCAUCAUCGUCACGGCGAUGGCGUGGACCGUCCAGGAUUGGCGGUGGCUGCAGCGCUCCCUUGGUCUCCUCGGAAUCCCGAUCAGUAUCAUGAUGUACUUCUGCAAAGAGCCGGUCUACUGGCUGGUCCGCCAGGGGCGCCUCGAUGACGCGAUGAAGGUCGUCGAGGAGACAACGAAGAUGGACGGCAUCGAGUUCGACCCGGUCCCGUUGCGCAAGCUGUUCGAGGAGGAGCGCGAGGCGUGCAAGCGCACCGCCGGCAAGAGCUACUUCUACCAGCACCUCUUCUACACGUGGACCCUCGUCUCCUACUCGGCGACGAUGUACUUCAGCUACAUCUGCGUCGGCGCCGUCACGUACGGCCUGUUCUUCAACCUCGAGAAGCUCUCCGGGACCAUCUACGAAAAGAUGGUGAUGCUCUCCAUCUGCCGCACCGUGCUCAACAUGACGCUCGCCGCGCUCGACUACAAGAUCGAGUGCCUCGGACGCCUUAAAGCGCACUAUAUGUUCGCCGUGUACGUCGUGUUCGGGCUGGGCUGCGUAGUGGUGAUGCAGUACACGGGGCUCGACCGCGAGUUCGACGACGUCGUCAAGUACCUCGCCCUGACCGCCAUUUCUGUGGCUGCGAUGAUUCUGCUGACGAACCAGGUGGUCGUCUCCGAGAUCUACCCGACCCCCAUCCGCAACAAGGCGUUUGCCGUCGCCCAGAUGAGCAACAACACCGGCUCCGUCAUCGGCGUGCAGCUCUUCAAAUUGACCGAAGUCCACCGCGCCAUCCCGUUCGGCGUGCUGAUGGUGAUGGUGGCGAUGGAGACGCUGCUGUGCUCGCGCUUCAUCCCCGAAUCGAAGAACAAGCCCCUCGUCGAGCACAUGCCCGGCGCCGACGAGUCGUUUUGGACGUGCUGCAACAAGGGGGAGAAGGACAGGAGGAAGAGGGAGAGAACUAACUCGUCCACCGCCACCAACUCGACCGAAGAAUCGCAAAAGUCCAGUGAGGCGGACUGCUCGGUGUCGGUCUCGAUGGUCUCGGCGUACCAGGCAUCCGCUUCCGACUCAUCCAAAUCCGAC